UAAAAUAAGUUGAAAGUCCAACAGAAAAUGAUCUACAUGACCACCACCCUUCAAACAAAACAAUAGACUCAACUAAAAUGCAAACGUCUAAUUCCAGAUAUGUCAGGGUUUCAGGCUCGUUGCAAGCCCAUGAUUUGCAGAUACCCCUAAAUAGCAGAUUUCGUACAGAAAAUGUAAAAAAAUAUAACAAACAUCAAUAGCAACUACAUGUAUUGACUUACUAUUUCAUUUAGCAUAACAGUUCGCAUUUUUUUUUAAUUUAAAAUAAAAACAAAUAUGCCAAUAACUAUAAUGCCAUAGAUCAAUUUUUAGCUCUCUUAAGCACAAAGUGUGUCCGUCAUCCGUUGAUAGUCGUCAGUCUUUAUCAACAAGUUCUUUAAACAACAUUUCCUCCUAAACAACUCGAUGGAUUUUAACCUAAGGUGGUCGAGAAAAAAAUGUCAGUCCAAUGUGACCUUAUAAGUGGCUUUUACAUUUUCUAACAAUGAAUCUCAUGUGAGCGAUACAGGACCAUCAUGGCUCUCUUGUUGAUUUAGUUGUCUGUCACUUACACUAAAGUUAUAAAGUGUUCGAAAUGUUUGCCCAAAUGAUAAGUUGUAAACAACUGUGUCAACAUUUAGUUAGUUGAAUAUGUUUAAACUUUUCAGAAACAGAGCACACUGCAGUACGGAAUGUUAGCACACUGACACAACUUUGCCAUGGAAUGGCUGACUUGUAUACGGUCAGUGCAAGAGCAGACGAUACAUCUAGUUCCAGCUUUUCGCCCUACAGUUUUCAUAUAAAAACAACAGCAAAAGCGACUGCUACAUCAUCAACAUUUGAAACUUCUAAGCUGUGUUUGACGUCUCGUCAGAAUGAGUCAUGUUUUGUAGAUACCUCGGUUAGAACCUCCGGCAGUUUAAGUAGAUUGUCCGUUCUAUUUCGGGACACCAGCCAGCAUGUGUACACAAACCAGCAACCAAACCUUGCUUCUCAGCCAAGGUAUUUUAUGGUUGCGGGCGAGUCGGACCUUCAAAAGCUUCAGUACGAGGCUUUAGGAGCAAGACCAAGAACUGCAGUAGUUCCAAUAACAAGGCAUCAACUAUCACAAGGAGAUUUAAAUCCAAACUGCAACUUCUGCAAAAGAAACGGCGAGCCUCCGGGGUAUUACAGCUCACACAACUUGGAGGAAGGAGGACGGAUUAUGUGUCCAGUACUUCGACGAUACGUUUGUCCACUAUGUGGUGCAACAGAAGAAAGGGCUCACACCAUAUCAUAUUGUCCUUUGUGGAGGGGGAACUCACCUACAAGUGUGAUAAGAACAAGGCGUCAGGCGUGUGGAUGUUUAAAGGGACGAUGUAGACACGUGAAAGAAAACAGUGACUAA